UUAGUUCUUGUUCGGUGUACGUUGUGAGAGGGUUUUGGUAGAGGGAGACUGAAUACGUUUAAUUAUCCCUUUGAAAACGGGCGUUCAAAUUAGGUUCCGCCGGAAAUUUAAGUUUAUCAUAGUGAAUAUUCAACAACGCGUCGUACGAUGAAGUACUGGUUACUUCUGAUCGUUGGAGUUUUCCUGUGCUCAGGACUCACCGCCGUUCGGGCCGAAGACGAUGUCGAAGAUCUACCCGUCGUAGAACAGGACCUGGGCGCUUCCAAGGAAGGAUCCCGCACCGAUGCAGAAGCGUUACAACGCGAAGAGGAAGCCAUCAAAUUGGACGGACUGAAUGUGGCGCAAAUAAAAGAGCUGCGCGAGAAGUCGGAAAAAUUUACCUUCCAAGCGGAGGUUAACCGGAUGAUGAAACUGAUUAUCAAUUCUCUGUACCGCAACAAGGAGAUCUUCUUGCGUGAACUGAUUUCGAACGCUUCCGAUGCACUGGAUAAGAUACGUCUGUUGUCACUAACCAGUCCCGAGGUGCUAGAUAGCAAUCCCAGUCUGGAGAUCAAAAUCAAGGCAGAUAAGGACGGCAAAGUGUUGCAUAUUAUCGACACUGGUAUCGGUAUGACCAAGCAGGACCUGGUAAACAACCUCGGCACUAUCGCAAAAUCUGGAACUGCGGACUUUUUAUCGAAGAUGCAGGAAUCGAAAUCAGAGAAUCAAGAUGUUAAUGAUAUGAUCGGGCAAUUUGGUGUCGGUUUCUAUUCAGCGUUUUUGGUUGCUGAUCGAGUUGUGGUCACUACUAAGCACAAUGAUGAUAAACAAUACAUUUGGGAGUCGGAUGCAGCUAGCUUUAGUAUCGUAGAAGAUCCGCGAGGCAAUACUCUGAAGCGUGGCUCGCAAGUAUCGUUGCACCUAAAAGAAGAAGCGCAAGAUUUCUUAGAAGAUGAUACAGUUAAACAACUCAUCAAAAAAUACUCGCAGUUUAUCAAUUUCCCGAUCUACAUGUGGAGUAGUAAGCAGGUCGAGGAAGAAGUACCUGUCGAGGAGGAAGCGACCGAGAAACCCGAGAAAAAGGAUGAAGAUCAGAUAGAGGAAGAGGACGGAAAGGUUGAGGAGGAAGCAGAAGAAGAGAAACCUAAAACUAAGAAGGUGAAGAAAACUGUUUGGGAUUGGGAAAUCAUGAACGAUAGUAAACCUAUCUGGACACGGAAACCAAGCGACGUUGCCGAUGAGGAGUACACUGAAUUCUACAAAAGUUUGACUAAAGACACCACGGAGCCACUGACGCACACUCAUUUCGUCGCCGAAGGAGAAGUAACUUUCAAAUCACUGUUGUUUAUUCCGAAGGUGCAACCAUCGGAGAGCUUUAACAAGUACGGUACUAAAUCCGAUAACAUCAAGCUCUACGUACGGCGUGUUUUCAUCACCGAUGAAUUCAACGAUAUGAUGCCAAACUAUUUGAACUUCAUCCGAGGAGUUGUGGAUUCGGACGAUCUUCCAUUGAACGUUUCUCGUGAAACUCUUCAACAGCACAAACUGAUCAAGGUGAUCAAAAAGAAGCUUGUCCGAAAGGCUUUGGACAUGAUCAAAAAAAUUGACAAGGAAACAUACGAGAAAUUCUGGAAGGAGUUCUCCACUAACAUUAAACUGGGUAUUAUGGAAGACCCAAGCAACCGUUCCCGCCUAGCCAAGUUACUCCGUUUCCAAUCGUCCAACGGCAAAAGCAACAAAGAGUACACCAGCCUCGCAGAUUACGUGUCGCGCAUGAAGGCAAAACAGGAACACAUCUACUUCAUCGCUGGUGCCAGUCGGGCGGAAGUAGAAAAAUCUCCUUUCGUUGAACGGUUGCUUACUCGUGGGUACGAAGUUCUCUAUCUAGUUGAAGCUGUCGAUGAGUACAGCAUUUCUGCUCUUCCUGAGUUUGACGGUAAAAAAUUCCAAAACGUAGCUAAAGAAGGGUUCGUGUUGAACGAAUCUGAGGAAUCCAAAGCCAAGUUCGAAGAACUCAAAACGGAAUUCGAGCCUCUGCUCAAAUGGUUGAAUGAUGUUGCCCUGAAGGAUAAAAUCGCUAAAGCUCAGGUCUCGGAGCGAUUGUCAAAUUCACCAUGCGCCCUGGUGGCAUCCAUGUUCGGUUGGACCGGCAAUAUGGAACGUUUGGCUAUGGCUAACGCUCACCAAAAGACUGAUGAUCCUCAACGUCAGUACUAUCUCAGCCAGCGGAAAACACUUGAAAUAAACCCCCGCCAUCCGUUGAUGCGUGAGUUGUUGCGCAGAGUGGAUGCUGACCCAGAGGACAUUACCGCCAAGGAUAUGGCCGUUCUCAUGUUCAACACAGCUACACUACGAUCGGGUUUCCAUCUGCAGGAGACAGCCGAGUUUGGUGACAGUAUCGAACGAAUGAUGCGACAGACGCUUGGCGUUUCGCUCGAUGAGCAACCGGAGGCUGAAGAAUUCGUCGAGGAAGAAGAGGCAGAUGACAGCACUGCCAGAGACGAAGAAGAGAUCAACGCUGACGAGGAAGCCGAGCAUGACGAGCUGUAAGACAACCAAGCCAAGUUUGACUGAGAUCCUGAAUGAGUGCGUCAAGAGUGCGUGGUAGAAUUCAGCUGCACACAUUGGACUGAUUUAAGUACGAUAAGCCACUUGUGUCCUACUUUGAUUCCAUCAUCGUUAAUAUUCUAGCCGUUUCUUAGUAGCGAAAGGAGCAUGUUUUCUAUGCCCCUUGCUAUCCUAGCGAUAAGUGUACUCGUUUGUUUAGUACUAGUAAGAAUCUUGCAUUUCGGAGAACAAACGAUCGAGUUUGACUGUUCAGUUAGUACUGGUUUUUGCAGCGAAAAUUAUUAUUUACAGAGGUUUGUUAUAAUCAUACCAGACAGACCAUCACAGGAAAUGUGAUCACCGAAGAAAACCAAGAUAUUUAAAGAGCUGGAACAAACUUGAUUUACGUAAAUAGUUUUGUGAAUCAAUAAAGAUAAAUCAUGAACAAUUUU